AAGUUCUUGAUCCUUUGUGCAUUGAUGGGUGGAUACAUGCUCUAAUGUCUCAUAUGGUUUAAGAACUUGAUUUAUCCAUUGAAGCUAAACAGUUUUAUGGUCUGCCUCUGCCAAUGAGUUUAUUUUCAUGCAAGUCACUCAUGAUACGGAAGUUGGAUUUGCCCUUGCAAUCUUGCGAUUUUAAAGUUCCUACCGAGGCUUGUCUUCCAAAUCUUAAGGUUUUUCAACUCAAGGGAUUUGUGUUUUCGAAUGAUGAGUCUAGUGAAAGGCUGUUUUCUAGUUGUCCUGCCCUUGAGGAUUUGGCUUGGCAAUCGUGUUAUUUGAGGGUUGGAUGUCACAAGUUCUCUGUAUCUAAUCCUUCACUCAAAAGACUGACCAUUACAGCUAUUGUGACUAACUUUCUACUAGAACAGAAGAUUCUUGCAUGCCAUAGAGUUCCUUUGGCUCCACUUGGGAAAUUAACGGAGUUGAAAAUUGUUGGUGGGGAAUUUAACACAAUUGGCCUGUGUCAUUUUCUUAUGCAUUGUUAUCAGUUUGAAACGUUGAUUUUUCAGAAAAUCUCAGAUGAAUGGGAUCCUCGUACCUGGGCAUUAGCUGCACAUUUGUUGGCUAGUUUCUGGAAUCAUGUCAAGGAAAUUAAAAUUUUGUCAUUUGGAGGCGAGGAAGCUGUGAAGGAAGUUGAAUCAAGUACAGAAUUAACAAGCAAAGAAUCAAGACCUUGCAAAGAAUCAGGACCUCAGCCAACAAAGGAAACAACCAGUAAAAGAAAAAGGGAAAGUAUCUCAGGCAAUUAAAAACCAAAGCACAGUACAAGGAAGAAUUGGUGCAACGGUCAUUUCCAUGAUCUUAGGAAAAAUUCUAGGAUUUAAAUAUAUCCCUGUAAUUAUGCUUCUGUAGCUAUAUAUAUACACAAGUCUUGUACAGAUUAAUACAAUCAAUACAGUUUCAGUAUUCUCAUUUGGUUUUGCAUUUCUUCAUGGUAUCAGAGCUAAAUAACAUCUGCAUCUGAAU